AGAACACACACUGGAGAGAAGCCGUACAAAUGUAAUCAAUGUGGAAAAGCCUUUGCAAAAAGCAGUCAGCUCAUAUGGCAUAAAAGAACACAUACUGGAGAGAAACCUUAUGAAUGUAACCAGUGUGGUAAAGCCUUUGCAGAAAACAGUACUCUCUUAAGCCAUAAAAGAACACACACUGAAGAGAAACCUUAUGAAUGUAACCAGUGUGGUAAAGCCUUUGCACAAAAUAAUCAUCUCAUAAGCCAUAGAAGAACACACACUGGAGAGAAACCUUAUGAAUGUAAUGAGUGUGGCAAAGCCUUUGCAGAAAACAGUACUCUCAUAAGACAUAAAAGAACACACACUGGAGAGAAACCUUAUGAAUGUAACCAGUGUGGUAAAGCCUUUGCACAAAACAGUACUCUCUUAAGCCAUAAAAGAACACACACUGGAGAGAAACGUUAUGAAUGUAACCAGUGUGGUAAAGCCUUUGCAGAAAACAGUCAACUCAUAAGACAUAAAAGAACACAUACU